ACGGCUGCUCUGCUAUCUAUCUAUCUUUACUGUCACAUACAAAUCACCAAUUUCACCCGCACAGAGAUAUAAAGCCACGUUCUUUGUUGCUAUCUUCUUCUUCAUCUUCAUCUUCAUCUUCUCUUCUGAAUGAGUAGCUAGAUGACGCGUCAACCCAAGUUCGAUCUCGAAAUCCAAGUCCACGACAACGCUUUCUCUUCCGAUUUUAACAACAAACAUCUUCAAUCGCAGCACCAGAACCAUCUAAUCCUUCCAAUCCUUACUGAUUCUUCCACUCCCCAUCAAAACCCGACACGAAAUGGAGCCGUUGUCGAUAACCCAUUCACCAAGAGCAAGAAUCCUUUCUCCAUACCCCAGAAAAGACCACAUGUAAUGUCACAUACACCUUCUAAUCUCUCUCAUUCAACUCUCAUCAACAAUCGGCGCGGCGAACCAGUACUAAAUUCCAGACCAUCCCCUUCAUCUUUUCGCUGUUAUUCCUCCAUAGCAAUCAUAAGUCUUGUUGUUAAAUCAAUCGUCUACAGAAUAUUCUGCCGUUCUUGCCGUGUUCGCCGCGUCCAACUUCAUUUACGAAUCGUAAUCCUACUUUCAUUACCUUUCUUAUAUUUCUUCACCUCUUAUCACUAUUACACCAUCGUAUUCCAUAUUCUCUUAGCAACCUUAUUCAUUGGAACUAUUUUGAUUUCAUUAAAUCUCGCCCUUCCCUGUCUCCCUUCAAUUCGAUCAACAGUAGCUCGUUCACCAUUCAUAAAUUUCCGUCGACCAACUGUUCAGAAACCUCCACGGCCACCAGUUAUUUGGUCAAUUUCCCCAAAGAGAAAACCUGAAAACGGACCGAUUUCAGGGUAUUGGGUAAAGAUGUAUAAGAAUGGAGAUGUAUAUGAGGGUGAGUUUCACAAAGGAAAAUGCUCUGGGAGUGGGGUUCAUAGAUACUAUAUGAGUGGGAGGUAUGAAGGGGAUUGGAUUGAUGGGAAGUAUGAUGGAUAUGGGGUGGAGACAUGGGCGAAAGGGAGCAGAUAUAGAGGACGAUACAGAGUUGGAUUGAGACAUGGAUUUGGUGUGUAUAGGUUCUUUAGUGGGGAUGUCUAUUCUGGGGAAUGGUAUCAUGGUCAGUUUCAUGGCCGUGGAGUUUAUACUUGUGAUGAUGGGAGCUGGUAUUUUGGUGAAUUCAAGUUGGGUGUUAAGCAUGGCCUUGGACAAUAUCAUUUCAGAAAUGGAGAUACAUAUGCUGGAGAAUACUUUGGUGAUAAGAUGCAUGGUUUUGGGGUAUACCGGUUUGCAAAUGGACAUACGUACGAGGGAGCGUGGCACGAGGGAAGAAGGCAAGGAUACGGAAUGUACACUUUCAGAAACGAUGAAAUCAAGUCAGGCCAUUGGCAAAACGGGGUUCUCGAGGUUUCAACCACCACCCCAUCAUCUGCCUCAUCAUCUUCUUCUUCUUCCCAUUUAUUUAUUGAUCAUUCAAAAGUUGUGAAAGCAAUCCAGGAAGCACGAAGAGCAGCAGAGAAAGUAUCUAACAUGGAAGAAGUGGAGGAGGGAGUGAAGAAAGCCAUGGCAGCAGCUAGUAGAGCUGCAAAUGCAGGUAGAGUUGCUGCUGUAAAAGCUGUGCAAAACCAUGCACAUAAUAAUAAUAAUUACAGUAAUGACAUUUCUUAAAUUUUGCUGUCACACUGAGAGAGGGUCAGAUUUAAAAGACCCUUUAUCUCUAUUGUAGUAUUUAUUGUGUAGCUUAAUGGUGUGUAUAAGUUUGUUUCUUGUUUAUUCUUGUAAUUAGAUGUUACUAAUAUGUGCAUCCAAACGAUGCAAUUUUUA